UAUUAAUUGUCAUGGGAUUUUAAACCUUAUGAUUGAAUGACAAUAGAAUUCUCAUGGUGCAGCUUCGCAAAACGGCUAACAAUUUUUGUAAACACGCUUGUGGAAUACACAAAUUAUAUGUAUAAUAGGCGAAUGCUAUUUAUUGCGGAAGUAAUGGCUUCCUAAAAUUUAAUUGCUGGUGUUCAAUUUAUAAGACAAGUUCAUAAACAUUAACGAAAAUAAAUCGAAAAGAAAAACUUAUGAAAGUGCAGUGCUUCCAGUAAAUAUUUGUGUCAUCCGGCUUAUUUCGGAUCGUUUGGAAUACCGCGUCUGUAAAAGGCUACAAAGAAAUAUCGUGAAAAUGAAAAUUUCAUGAAAAAGAUUUAAAAUCUUUACCGGUUUUGAUAGAAUAACAAUAUAAAUUGGUCUUUAGUAAGUAUGAUACAAUAAUACUUGGUGAAAAUGAUAACUACAACGUGAUGAUUAGCGUAGCAGUCAUUAUGCAUUUUCAAAUGUAAGAAUCGCAAGGGAGUGUUUAUUGACAUGGGUGAUGCUGGUGGGACGAUGUCAGUGCGCGGCAAAAUGAAGCGGAAGGUGGAGGACGACGAGGACUCCGACGAGGACGUCUGUGACAGCGAAGACGAGGACGAAACGAUCGCGCGGAUACAGCGCGCUCACUUCGCCCAGGCCGCUGCGAUGAACCCUCGGAGGAAAUCCAACACUCGCCCGCGGCCCAUGAGCCACAAGAGAAAAAUGCAAGCUGUUAAAAGCUUCCACAAUUUCACCAAGAAACUGAAAAAAGACACUGGUAUAGCGAUACGUAGCAUAAUCGGCAACGAUAUAUUAGAUUUAAGUGACAAUUCUAGUGAAGACAUUAAAACAGACAGUGACGGUUUAUCUGAUGAGGAGUUUGAAGUGAACCCUAGUGCAGUGCAAGAAUUGGAGGAAGAGAACGAAAGUUACAUCGACCCUGAGACGGGGGACUUUGUGCAAGGUAAGAAGAGUGAGGAACCGAGUGAAGUGAAAACAGUACAAUCUCCUAACUGUGAGUCUGUGGUGCAGAGCGAGGAGGAGCCAAAGACGCUAACGAUAAGUGAUAUUAUCAACGAAGGAGAUUUGGAUUUAACAAAAAAUGUAGAAAUAUCUGAAGUGGAGGAGAGUGAGCUAUGUCCUGGGAAGACAGCAGAAGACUUGCUAAAUAUGUCAAAGCAGGAUGAAGGUAGCCAGGACUAUGAUAUCAAUGAGAAAUUAGAUGAAAUGGAGGACAUAAGCGCUAAGGCUUUGGAUGGUGAAGGUGAAACAGGGCAGGAUCAGACUGAGGACAAAAAGACAGAAGCUGAGGAAGAGCAGAAAAAGCUAUUAAACCCCAACGCGUUGAACGUUCGCCGCAACAUCCGAGAAGUCAUGGACGAGAAGAAUCUAGACGCGUCGACGCUGGCCGCGCAGAGACAGGAGUCCGAGCGGUUGGCAAGAGUACAAGAACAGCAGAGGAUAAUAAGAGAGGUUCAAAGACAAAUAGCCAUCAACCGACAAAAUAAAAUCCAUCAAAAGACACUAUCUUUACUGUCUGGUGGGUCUUCAAUAUUGAAGAAAGGAGCAGGACAAAAACUGAAUUUACCCAACACAGUAUUAAUGAAACUACCAUCUGGCGAAAUAAAAAGGACAAUAAACAAGGAACAAUUAGAAAUAUCUAAAGUAGCUAAGCCUACAACUUCUGGUGCAUCUAUAGUACAGAAAAAACCCGAAAAAAAAGAGGUUGUGGAGAUAAUGGACAGCAGUAGUGCGUCAUCAUCGUCAUCAUCAGAUUCUGAUGAUUGUAUCAUGCUGUCAGAUUCCGAGGUUCCACCUAGCCCUGAGGCUGAGGAAGAUCCAGGGAAUUCUGGUAUGCACGUAAAUGACGCGUACAAUAUCCCUGAUGAGCAAGGCCGGGUGCUGAUCAAUAUUGGUCACGCGGAAAACGAGGAAGGCAUAUACUUGGCGCCACAAAUUGCCAGGGUCAUCAAACCUCAUCAGAUUGGCGGUGUAAGAUUUUUAUUCGACAACAUCGUAGAAUCUGUAGAACGUUUCUCGACAUCUACCGGCUUUGGCUGCAUACUGGCACAUUCAAUGGGUCUGGGGAAAACUCUACAAAUCGUUUGCUUCUGCGAUAUUUUCCUACGGCAUACAAACUCCAAGACCGUUUUGUGCAUCAUGCCUAUAAAUACACUACAAAAUUGGGUUGCGGAAUUCAACAUGUGGCUUCCACUAGACGCCACGAACAGUCCCCUGGCGGCGCACGGGGAAGUGCGACCACGUAACUUUCCCAUCUAUGUGCUCAAUGACAGCCACAAGACGCUGCAGAUGAGAGCCAAGGUUGUCAAGGACUGGUCAACAACGGGCGGAGUUCUCAUGAUAGGAUAUGAACUGUAUAGACUCCUUUGCAUGAAAAAGGACAAAAAACCUCGUAAGAAAAAGAAAGCAGACAAACAAGACGACAAAGAGAAAGAGAAGGAAAAGGAUAAAGACGAAAAGAAAAAUGAGAAACCUGACGUCGCCAUUGAAGAUACACAGGGUGUAGAUUCGAACCAGUCCAAACCAGAGGACAAUCGACCUGACAAAGAAGACGGCGAUUCUUUACUCAACCCUGACGGUAAAGACGAGAAAAAAGAAGACGCUCCUAAUGAUGAAGAAAAAAAGCUAUUAGAUGAAAUGUACGAAGCCUUAGUUCGGCCAGGCCCCGACCUCGUGAUCUGCGACGAAGGUCACCGAAUCAAGAACUCUCACUCCAAUAUAUCGUACGCCUUAAAACAGAUGAGGACGAAACGACGUAUCGUUCUUACGGGUUAUCCUCUACAAAACAACUUGCUAGAGUACUGGUGUAUGGUGGAUUUCGUACGACCGAACUACCUGGGUAGUAAGACAGAGUUCUGCAAUAUGUUCGAAAGGCCCAUACAGAACGGCCAGUGUAUAGACUCGACGCCACAAGAUAUACGACUCAUGCGGUAUAGGGCUCACGUCUUACAUUCCCUACUCGUUGGUUUUGUUCAAAGGCGAUCUCACGCCGUGUUACAAUCAACAUUACCUCAGAAAGAAGAGUACGUAUUAUUAGUGCGUAUGACACCGUUGCAGCGAAAAUUGUACGUGCAGUUUAUGAACGAAGUAGUCAGGUCUGCCUCCGUUCCCAAUCCUUUGAAGGCCUUCGCUAUAUGUUGCAAGAUAUGGAAUCACCCAGACGUACUGUACAACUUCUUGAAGAAACGCAACGAAAUCAACUGUGCUAUUGAGGAGGAUUUAGAUUUGGAAGAAAUCGGCGGAGUGACUAAAGCAGGUCGCGCUAAAAGCACCAAAGCUGCAACAAGACGACCGGCCAAGCCAAGGGGGUCCAAAAAACCAGCAGCAACAAUACCUCCAAAUACCACAGCACCUGCUGUACCUACCAAUCAUGACUCAUCGUACCCCCCUAACGCACCUUACGGACCCCCAGGUGCCUAUCCUAACCCGCCACAUCCAGACCACUCACAAUACCCACCGUACCAGAACUCUGGUACCGGGUACUAUCCACCAAACCAAAACUACAAUCAACAGUACGGAAACAAUUAUUAUCCCCAACAAGCGCCGUACCCUAACAAUUACCCCAACCAAUACCCUCCGGGGACCCCCGAACAAGGGUACGAUCAGAAUUACUGGCAAAACAGUAACUAUUACGGUAAUCAGGGCUAUUACGGUAAUCAGCAGUACGGGCCGAAUCAAACGCCCCCGGAGUUCAAUGCCAACCCACCUUCAGAAUAUAACAACACUCAACCGUACCCGCCGAACUAUACCGCUCCUCCAAACGAGCAACAGUAUCCAGACAGUUCAAUUUCUCCCUUCCCGAACAAUCAAGAGGGAUAUCGAGCUCCGUUUCCAAAUACGCCAGGGUACGCCGACUAUAACGCGCAAAAUCCACCGCAAGGAGCAUAUCAGGGAAAUCAACCUCAACGCCCACAUGGUUAUCAAAACCAACCCUACCCUGCCCCAUAUCCGCCGAGUGGAGCAUAUGACGCCAACUCUUCUACACCGUACAAUCAUUACGGAAAUCAAAAUUAUCCAAACUAUCCCAACACUAAUCCACAAACAAGCAUACCUAGUCAACCUCAAGCAAGCAUACCUGAUCAGCCACAAAUAAAAACUGAAUGCCCUAUGGAUGCCAACUAUCGACAUCCUGACAUUAAAGCUGAACCGAACGUACCUCCAAAUUCAGCAGUCGUCCCAUACGGCGCACCGUACAAUUACCACCAACAAAACCCGCAGUAUCCAGAAAAUCCAGACAAUCCGAACCCCAAUUACAAUCCAUACCCUAAUUAUUCAGCGCCGCUCGAGACUAAACCACCUCUAUGCAGCGCCGGUUCUGGCAGCCCCGUAACGUCGUGGCCUCUAACGGAAACUUUAAAAACUGAAGUGGACAAAAUUAAAGCUGAAGAAAAAAUGGAAAUGAAGUCCGAAUCGGACGGAGAAGUUAAAAUUGAAGAUUUAGACACGAAAAAGAUAGUAAAAGAUGAGAUCAAAAAGGAACACAAUACACCAAAUAUGUUGCCUAAAAAUGUACCGAAUGAGCCUCCUCAGAAAACUGAUAAACCACCACCUAAAGCUAGUAAUGCCAAAGGUGAUGUUGGUCAAGAACAGGAAACUGUAAAAAAGGGCAGGGCAAAACGCAAACCGAAGGAAAAGAAAGAAACGGACAAACCAAAACCCAGAGGUCGGCCCAAAGCCAAGGGACGGAAAGAUCGCAAAACUUCUAAAGAAAAGACCAACGAACCAACUAAUUCAGAAUCUGAGGAGAGUGAUAAAGAGGAGAAAUUAACUAAGGAAGAAAAAUUGGCUCUAUCAAAACAGGUCGAGGAAAUGACUUAUGAUUGGGCGACAGAGCUACUGAAAGACUAUGUGCCGGGUCUUAUCGAAAAUUCGGCAAAGAUGGAACUCUUCUUUUAUAUUCUAAACGAGAGUAUAAAACUAGGUGAUAGACUUCUGCUGUUCAGUCAGAGCUUAUUCACUUUGAAUCUCAUUGAAGACUACCUAGAGAGGAACUACAUACCAGGAACAAAUCAACUGUGGGAGAGGAAUACGUCCUACUAUCGACUGGACGGUUCAACACACGCGCUGGAACGCGAGAAGCUGAUAAACGAAUUCAACGCGAAUCCCAACGUACAUUUGUUCCUGGUGUCGACUCGCGCGGGCUCUCUGGGCAUAAACCUGGUGGGCGCGAACCGAGUCAUCGUGUUUGACGCCAGUUGGAACCCUUGCCACGACACACAGGCUGUGUGCAGAGUUUAUAGAUACGGCCAAAGAAAACCGUGUUUCGUCUACCGUUUCGUAAUGGAUUGUUGUCUCGAGAAAAAGAUAUACGACAGACAAAUCAAUAAGCAGGGCAUGGCCGACCGAGUCGUGGACGAGUGUAACCCCGACGCUGUGCUCUCGAUGAAGGAAAUCACCAAUCUUUGCUUCGAUAACGACGAACAGGAGGCAGAGAUAAAGGAUUUGUCAGAGCAUAGAGAUAAAUAUAUAGAUGUGUUGAUGCAAGGCGUAAUAACGCUGCACAGUAAACUGUUGAGUAAGGAACCGUUCCAGCAUGAAUCGCUAUUGGUGGAUAGAAAGGAAAAGAAAUUAUCUAGUGCAGAAAAGAGGCUCGCGCAAAGAGGGUAUGAGUUAGAGAAGAAAGCGGCUUUAGCCCCUAAACCGACCACCGCGUACAGAACAGUACGUACGGCAGACGGGAGUUUGGUACAACGACCGGUUGCUUCGGUGCGACCGAUGCAGCACGGCGCGCGCUGGAUCCCCGCGGACGUGUGGCGGCGGCAAGGCAUGACGGCGCAGGAAAUGACACUGCCGCUAGAUGUGGUUAUACCUACAAACUCGGCUGAGAAAACCAAUAUCGUGCUCAAAGCUGGCCAGCGCGUCAUGGUGUUGAAAUCGCCCAAAGGAAUUUACAUGCAACUUGAGUCGGGCAAAAUUAUUGCGAUCAAAACUUCCUUCAAAGGCCUGGGGGGUCAAAAAGGAGCUGACAAUAAGGACAGUCCAAUAGGCAAGAAAGUUUUAGGUAAUCGUCCAACACCAGCCAAUAUCCCAGGAUCUCUGAAAAACAACUCGGCUAUAACAAUAACAUCUAAAGUAGGGCCGAGACCAGUGUUUAGCCGAACUAUAAGGCCCGGGAUGAACAAAAUUUCGAGACCACUUCUUCCAGGUCAAAAAAUUGCCGAUAUAAGAAAUCGUUUAGGAGAAAUGCGGGCAUAUAAUUCUAUGCGUCCGAAACUCCCAAUGUCGCAUGGGCGUAUGCUGAGACCUAAUUUGCCUGGUUCGCUAAGCAUAACUAAAAUACCUAAAGAAGUUAAGCGACCUGGUAAUGCUAAUGGUCCAUCCGCAAAAGUUGAAGAGGAAACUGAAAUUUUAGAUAGCGACGAUGAAAUUGACGAUUCCAAACAAGUAAAGAAGAAGGAAGGAAAAAGAGAAGCUGAUAAAACGAAUUUCGAUGACAGGAAAGAUGACAAUACAAAUAAAGAAACCAAUGACGCAAAGAAUGAUAAAACCGUAAAUGAAAACGUUAAUGAACAAGCCAAAAAUGAACUGGAAGAAGCAGAAAACACUAAGACAUCAGAAAAAGAAGAAUCUAAUAUUGAGAAUACAAAGCCCAUGAUUCUAACGACGGAUGAGAAACUACCUUCAGAGGAAGCGUUAGAAAUCAAGCCGUCAGAAAGUACAAGUAAAAAUGAUGAAACUCCUGCAAGUUCACAAGCUAGCUUAUCAAAUGAACCUAUGAAUCUCGUGAGUCGAACUUCGAGUAAGAUAAAUUUAUUGAAAAAUUAUAGACACCAACGUCCGAUAAGUCGACCACCGACAGAAUCGAGCCUGAGUCAAUUAGAAAGAACUGCCAUUUCGCUCAACAAGGAAAGUCUUCCUGAUUUUCGUAAAAAUUUAGACGAUAUCACACAAUCAUAUUCCCCUGGAUCAGAAGAAAAGACUUCGUCAAGAAAAAAGAAGUCGCCGAAUAAAGUCGACGUAUCUGACUCCCAAAACGAGAAGCAAACUAAUUCAAUGUCGCACAGCGUAUCUAGUCUACUGAGCAAUACUCAGAAGCCGAGAAUAGAACAUGGAAUGCAAAAUUCUGCGCCUCAAAGUCGGUUACCUAAUGUAGGAAAUUUGCCACCAAUGCCCCAUGAUCCUCAGUCUAUACCUUAUAAUAUGGCUAAGCCUCAGCCAUUGCCAAAUGUUGCGCAUAGUGCGAUAAUGGCUGGUGGCCCACCGUUGGGCAGCGAAGGGGAAAAUGUUGGGAACACAGCCAUUAGCGGUCCGCAACCCCCAACUGCGAUGUCCCCUAAUCCAUUGCCAGUUCCGGGUCAACCUUAUGCCGGCAAUCCCCCGCCUGAAGGACCUUAUGGACAGUAUCCAGGUUACGGGAUGGGGUACGGCGCUUAUGCUGCGAACGCGGCGUAUUACGGCGGGUACGGCAGCGGCUACUACCCGCCCUACGGCGCGGCGCCCGCUGCCCCCUUCGCGGGUACUCCGCCCGCGCCCGCGGAGCCCUACCCACCGCCCAACCCGCAGUGGUAAAAUACUUAAGAGACAUUAUCAACAUAUAGCGAACUUUUGCCGCAUAAACAAUAAAAAUAAAGACUUAGGCAGCCACGUCGAACGACGUCAACAUGUGUUAGGCCUUGUACAGAUUGGGUAAUGAAGGCGAAUUGUGAGCGCGACUGACAGACACCGAAUGCUCGCUUGCCUUCGCUAUUGUAGAGAAUCAGUGAAGACCGCGAAUCGAAUGGGUAGAUUUGUCAAAUUAUGAAAGAGUUCUCCAGAUUUUUAACUACACAUACAAAAAAAUAUAUCGAUCCGUUGCUUCGAUGCAAUGUGAUUGAAAGACAAACCAACAAACAAACGCACUUUGGAAUUUAUAUUAUGGGUAGUGAUCAAAAUAUUGACCAAAAACAUUUCUCAGCUAUUUUUUGGACACACAAGUUGCAAAUCCUUCUAUCUAUUCCCGUGGGCUGUCGGUAUGAGCUUCGUCAUAAUAUAGAAUAUCAAAAACACUAUUUUCAUCAUUACGAAUUUACUAAAUACCAGAUACUUGAUACCAGAAAAUCCGGAAAAUCUACAUUGCAACAAGCUCUUACCGAUUUGUUCGCCUUCUCUGACUCUACAAGAGCGAAGAUGAGUGGACUUUCAGUGUGCAUAGGCCACGCUUGUUGCUUAGUCUGUACAGGACCUUACAGGUUCGUACAUUGUGACUGUCCGCCCUUAUACUCUAAGGGAUGCCGGUAAAAAUCCAUAAAGAUCGAAUGCAUUAAUAAUAUUUGUCACUUAGUAAGAAAACCUAAACAACCAAGACUUUACCAAUUCCUUUACUUAUUUUGUAAUUUUUGUACAGUAAAAGAUUAAAUUGGAUACAUAUUUUAACAUAUCCUUACAUCAAGAACA